AUGGCAUCAUCCUUUUUCUCCGAUGAGAGUGGCACCUCAGAUGUUGAAUCAAGAAGAGUGGUGUCACUGCCAAAGGCCACUUCACCAACUCGCGGAAACAGGAGAAAUUUGCUAUUCGAUGACAGCGAUCUGGAGGACGCCAUCACUCUGGGUAGCCCUACCAGUCCUGAAUUCGCAGUCCAAGGUGCUUCUGGCGCCUCUGGCGCCUCUCCCCGGCGCGCCGCGCCGGGCUUCUUCGGCGAUGCGGAUGCCUUUGAUGCCUUUGGGGCCGAGGCCUUCGAUGGAUUUGCGGAAGUUGCAGAGACACCCGAGGCUGCUCCCGCGAAGGCCAAGUCUGUUGCUGCCAAGCCAAAGGCAAAGACCUUGACGAAGGCGAAGGCACCUGGUGCUCGACCGAAAGCGGCCGAGCGCCCGGCCUCCCCUGCCUCAGUGCCCAGUUCACCUGCCAGAAGCAUCAACUCCACCACCAACUCUCCGGCGGGUCGGCCAAGGCGGGGCUUCAAUGAUGGAUAUGUCAUGGGAUAUAUGGGGAGAUAUGAUGGGAUAUGUCAUGGGAUUUUUCAUGUUUUUUCGAGAGGUUUUUUUUUUGUUGUGCUGAGGUUGUCUGAAACAAGGGAUCUUCCCCCCAAUAGUGAUUCUAAUGGUGCACAUGAGAGACCAUGUGAUUUUGGGUUUUCCAUAAUUUUCAAACUUUCCCAUUUGGACUUCGGACGUGACCUCAAGCAACCUGAUCUGUGUGUGUGUGUACUUACUGUAAUUAUAUUAGCGCUCUUUGUGUGCUUCGAACUGUUGGGUUUUUGGACUUGCAAAAACCGGUUGGGUUUUUUGGGAUGUACCCUCUGGUAA